AUGUGUGAGAAGACGGGACUUGAUAAUAAAAUGACGAAUAUCACUCCGGAGACGAGGAUCAUGAUGAUGAGGUCUGCGGACAGCAAAGACGGCUACCGGAGACAGAUCCUGGCUGCACUGGCGGUGUCCCUUGGACCUUUUGCGGCUGGUCUAAGUAAGGGAUACAUGUCUCCGGCGAUCGCUUCCAUGCAAGAGUUGGAGCAUACGAACUCCUCCUUCACAGUAAGCGAUCAGCAGGCCAGUUGGAUUGCGAGCCUUAGUUUGUUGGGUGCAUUAAUAGGGGGUAUUCUCGGUGGGAUAACAAUGAGAUUGGGAAGACGGUCGGUACUCCUGGCUGCCGCGCUACCUUACACCGUCGCUUGGCUUGCGACGGCUCUCUCCACCAGUGUCGACAUGAUAUCAGUGACGUCCUUCUGCGGCGGCAUGCUAGUCUGCUGCAUUACCAUGAUUACUCAGGUAUACAUUACAGAAAUCGCCGUGCCAGAAAUCAGAGGAUGUCUCAGCUCUGUCUCCAAGAUCUUAAGUCAAAUCGGGAUCCUCAUCUCCUAUUCUCUAGGAGCAUAUCUGAAUUGGCAACAACUCGCGCUGGUUGUUGCAGCGGCGCCGGUACUGCUCUUUCUGGCUUUACUCUUUAUUCCCGAGACUCCUUCCUCUCUCUUCCUGCGCGGUAAAGAAGAAGACGCAGCAGACUCUCUCCAGUGGCUCCGGGGACCAGACACUGAUAUUCGGCAGGAGUUAGCGACUAUAAGAACUAACAUAUUAGCCAGUAAGCAAUUUAACAAUGGCAGAGCAGGCAAAUUGAAAGUUUUACUAUCAAAGAGAUUAACCAGACCUGUGCUCAUAACUUGCGGCCUGAUGUUCUUCCAAAGGUUUACCGGUGCUCAUGUCUUUAGUUUCUACGCCGUUCCUAUGUUCAAGAAGACGUUCAGAAUGAUGAAUCCCCACGGAGGAGCGAUCGCCACCAGUGCUGUCCAGCUUUUAGCGUCAUGUCUAUCGGGAAUGCUUAUAGAUAACGUCGGUAGACUCCCCCUGUUGAUGAUCAGUGGUGUUAUGAUGUCUAUUGCAUUGGCUGGUUACGGUUCCUACGCAUAUUAUAUGGCGAUUUUCAUGAACUCCACGGAUUUAACGCAAACCGAACCCGCCGCGUAUGACUGGAUACCGCUGAUCUGUGUUUUAACGUUUACCAUCGCGUUUUCGUUAGGAAUCAGUCCAAUAUCUUCACUCCUGAUAGGGGAACUCUUUCCUCUAGAGUAUAGAAGUACUGGUAGCGCGUUAGCGACAAGUUUUAGCCAUCUAUGUGGGUUUGUUAACGUGAAAACGGCAGCUGAUAUCCAGGACCAUAUAGGCUUGUAUGGUUUAUUCUGGUUAUACGCUGGUAUAUCUGUACUUUGCUUGCUCUUCGUGGUGCUUUUCGUACCAGAGACUAAAGGGCGGGAGAUCGAUGAAAUGGACCCCAAAUAUGUCGAAUCUUUGUGCAUAAAUCGAUAG